UUUCCUGUGUUUAGCAGACAACUGGAAUAUGUUUCAACAAACUCUGCAAUGUUGGUCACAGGUCAGAGCUAACUGUCAGACAUGAUGUUCUACACGCAACUCUUCACGUCCAAGAGGGGACCUCUAGCCAAAAUCUGGCUGGCAGCUCACUGGGAAAGGAAGCUCACUAAGGCACAUGUGUUUGAAUGCAACUUGGAAACAACCAUCAGAGAAAUCAUUUCCCCAAAGAUGAAUAUUGGUUUACGGACGUCUGGACAUCUGCUCCUUGGUGUGGUCAGAAUCUACUCCAGAAAAGCCAAGUAUCUCCUUGCAGACUGCAAUGAUGCCCUGGUUAAAAUUAAAGUGGCAUUCAGGCCAGGACAGACAGAUUUGCCGGUGGAUGGGCUCGAGGCCACAACAAAAGCCAUUACCUUGAUGGAAGAUUUCACUGCUUUUGAUUCCCAGCUGCCACACCCCAGUGACAUAGAUGUUGUGGACCACUUUUCACUGAACCAGAGCCGAUCAGAGGAUAUCACUCUGAAAGAGGACUUUGGAAAUGGCUUCCUCAGCAUAGCAGACUUUGUUGCUGACAGAAGAGAUCCCAUGCAUGUUAAUACCUCUUCACCAAGCGAGACCACCCUGCUUCCAAAUGAGGAGGCGGCUUUUGCCCUUGAGCCCGUUCCCGUCACUCCAAACUUGGAGGACAGGAGGGGGAAGAGGAAACGCAAGUUGGUGGUUGACCAGACCAAAGAACUGAGCAACAAACAUAUGAAAGAACAGCUUUCUGACUAUUCAGAUCUGCUUACUACCUUGGACUUGGCCCCACCAACUGUGCAGCUCAUGCAAUGGAAGGAGAGCGGAGGCGCCGACAAACUCUUUGCACAGCCGUGUUCCACUGUGAUCGCUCCACAGAUGAAGGAGCUUUUUGCCAAGAGUGUCUUCCAGGUGAAAUCUUACAGUGUGAGUGAGGAGGCUGAGGAGAUGCGCCAGGAAGGACAAGAAGGUCAGAAAGAUCUUAGUGCUCUCACCAUAGAGAACGUCAGUGUCGUAGAUUCAACAACUGAUCGAGAAAUAACCCACAACACUGAGCUGACAGUCUUUGAUCCCAUGAACGACAACCAGCUUGAGAAUACCUCACAGCUCCCACAUGAUGCAAGCAGGUCAGAGUUCACUCAUCCAGAACUGCCAUCAGAAGACUCCAUGUUUGUCCAUCCAUCUUACGUGGAGCAAGACACUCAGUCAACUUCCCUCCACACUCAGUCUAUGCUGGGCAGCCAGGACUUUGAAGAAAGGAAGAUAACCAGGCGAGCACAGAACCUUCUGAAAGCUCUGAAACAGAGCCGGAGCAGCAGUGACUCCACGUUCAGUCUGCAGGAACUCUGUGAAGGAGGCUCUCGCUCUUGGGCUGCUAACACAUUCCUCUGCUUCCUGUUCCUGUCAAAACAACGGACCCUCCACCUGCACCAGAGGGCUCCCUAUGAGGACAUCUUCGCCACACCUGGACCCAAGUUCUAGAUUUAGUAAAGCACAGAUCUGUUUUAUAGGUUGAGCUUGGACUCAUGGAAGAGUCGCCAUCGUGGUGCUACUGAAGUAGUACGUCUGUGUUCUUAUGCCAGAGUAAAAAUAUAUUAACUCGGAGGUUUCUGGGCUGAAUAACAGGAACUGCUAGAAAAGAAAAACCUGUGUGUGUCUACACUUGUACUUGUUGUUAGCCUGUUCAUUGCACUUUCCAUUUGUGAGAAUUCAUUGGCAGUUUCAAUGAAGGACCCUUGAUUCUUCACUUUGUCAUCAGACUAUUUUUGUAACGUCUCUGACUGUAAAUAUUUCAGAGUUUUGAAUAUGUAACUCUGCAUGAUGCUUUGAAUGUAUCUGUUAUUUAUUGUUCACUUAUAUCUGCAGCAUGUCAUCGUACAGCCGUUCUUGAGAUCUUUUAGGACUGUACCAACCUUCCUAGUUAAGAUUUUAAUGCAGUUUCUGUUGUAUUUAGAAAACACAGGAUCAUUGUGUUUUAUGUUAGAGAGGGAACAAAGUCAUCAAUGCUUUAUAAGCAAAUGUUACAAAUUCUUUACUGUAAAGUACAGGUAAUCCUGACAUUGAAGUUAACAAAUGGCCAUCUGUUCUUUAUUCUUCAACACUUAGUUUUAAAAACAUCUAUUUAACAUCGCUCUGUUUUGGCAUUUAUGCCAAUUGCAAAUAUGAAUUACUGUGAACUCUAUUUGUAUACAUUUCAUAUACUAUUUGUUGAAUAUUUAAAAUAUGUAUUCCCUUUAGCUCAAGUCCAGAAAACUAAGUCAUCAGUGACACUUCUGUACAGUGCUGAGCUGCACUGCUGGCAACAACUGAAGUGUCUGAUGUUAAAUUAUACAGAGUGAAAACGCUCAUGGAGCUGUAUUUAUUUAUUUAUUUAACUUGCAUCUUGACUGAAUUUGCAGUGACAUCCAUUCCAUGCAGACCAAGCUGCAAACAUUAGUGGGACAGUGAAGUGUUUCGCUUUAGACACAGGACCUUACAAGAUAUUGCUAACUAUCUUCUGUUUGUGAUUUGAUUUGUGAUUCGUUAUGGAAAUGGAGUUGAUAAUUUAGAGUUUGAGGCUUUUGUGUGUCAAUCUGUUGUUGUGGGUUAUGUCAUCAUAGGUUGUAUUAAAACGAACACAUGCAUGGA